UUUUUGGUGGUUCAGAUUGCAAUGGCUUCCAGGAUAUCAUUUUCACAGUACAAAUUGGAGACGGAAAUAGAAAAAUGUAGGGGAGAAUGUCAGUGGGACAAAAUCCAAAAUCUUGUAAAACAACUUUCUCCAGAGAAUGAUGAUUUUGGGAAUCUGCUGCUUGCUGAAGUUCUCUUGGAACAGUGUCUGAAGGAAAACACAGUCAAGCUGAAAGAUUGCAUUCCGUUAAUCGAAAAGAAUGAACCCAAAAUGAGAGAAGCCAAAAAUCACUUGAGCAGUAUUUUAAACAGAGGCAAACUGCAACAUAACCUGAUGGCUGAAGCCAUUCUUACCUUGGCAAAGUUGCAUUUUGUGGAGGGGUCAUAUCGUGAUGCGCUCAGCAUGUAUGCCCGAGCAGGCAUCGAUGAUCUUUGCAUCGAUGAUGAACCACUUUAUAAGAAAAGACUUUUAGCAGAGGCCUACGUUAUUAAAGGGUUUUCUCUUGAGCGUCAGACUUCAUCUGUUACCUCAAGGGUUCGUCUGUUUGAACGAGAGGAGGAAACAAUGUCCUGUUUUGAGAAAGCUGGUGAUAUUGCUCUGGUCUACUUACAAGAAGGGGAACGGACCAUGAUGAACACUCAGUCUAGAGCGAUCAAGGGGAUUGUUCCAGUUCAAGAGAUGGAGCUUACUUACUUUCUUGAAGCUGCAUUGCAAAGUGCUUAUGUGGCCUAUUUCAAAAAAAGGAAUAUAGUCAAGGGGGUAAAACGAAUUCGGGAAAUGUUAAGAGCAGUGGAGACAAGAGCCACACAGAAUUUCAGAAUGACGAUAGCUAAGCAACUGGCUGAGGUACUUCUACACAGUCUGUGUGAGGACAGCUACUGGAAUCUCUUUUCAGAUCCUCCUCCUGAUCUCAGUAACGUGGAAAGUGGACCUUUUUCAAGUGUUGGUUACACACUAACCACUGUUCCUCAGCUCUAUCAAGGAGACAACUUGUUCUGCCCACGGGAUAUUGUUGAAGAAGCACUCCUACUCCUCCUAAUCAGCGAGUCAAUGGCAAAUCGUGAUGCUGUAAUAAGCCGUGCACCUGACCAAAAGAAAGAUCGCAGCAUUAGCUUCCAGAUUGCUUCUACAUUAUAUGACCUCUUGAGCAUUACUUUGGGCAGAAGGGGACAGUACGAGAUGCUCUCAGAAUGUUUAGAACGGGCAAUGAAGUUUGCAUUUGAUGAAUUCCACCUGUGGUAUCAGUUAGCACUUUCACUGGUGGCUAGUGGGAAGUUAACAUGGGCCGUGUCUGCUCUCAGAGAAUGUGCAAAACUCCGUCCUAAAGAUCCAUGCAUACCACUCAUGGCUGCCAAGGUCUGCAUUGGAUCUCUACGGUGGUUGGAAGAAGGAGAGCAGUUUUGCACCACUGUAACCACCAUGGGGGAAGCUGGUGAAUUUCUUGCCAAAGGCUAUCUGGGCCUAGGUUUGGUCUACAGUCUCCAAGCUACAGAUGCUACAUUAAGGAGCACCCAAGAUGACCUCCAUAAGAAAGCUUUGAAAGCUCUGAGAAGAGCCCACAGUUUGGAUCCUGAUGAUCAUCGGAUUGCCCUGUACCUAUCCUUGCAGAUGGCAUUCAACAGGCAGAUCUCUGAAGCUAUUGAACUGUUACAAAUAGCCCUUAAACUCAGGAAUGAUGACAUGCAUUCUCUCCAUUUAUUGGCACUUCUGUUUUCUGCUCAAAAACAUUAUCAACAGUCUUUGGAGGUUAUUGACAUGGCAAUCAACGAAUACCCUGAAAACUUCAGUUUACUUUUCACUAAAAUCAGACUUGAGGCAGUUCACAAAGGACCAGAUGAAGCUCUUGAAACCUGCAAACAUAUGUUAAAUGUGUGGCAGACAACAUACAGUUCACAAUACAGUGACUGGGACAAAGAAAGCAGCCUAACUGAAGGGGCGCAGAUGGAAAAACGGAGCACUCUUCAAAGCAGUGUAGGUGAAGGAGCAUCAGCUGAGAAACGAAGCACCAUUCACCUUGCUUUCCCUGAUUUUCACGAGGCUGAAUCAGAGCUAAAGGAAAAGUUCGAAGGCACCUCUCAAACCCGCAACCUCCAUCAUCAAGAAGAACUUGAGCAGAAUGUGCACACUGCAAGGUCCCCACCAACUCGCACAUCAUUCCGAUCUGAACAAAGCACAGUUCCUUGUCAGUCUUUAAAUGGAAAUACUCAAACUGAAUUUGCUGAACUGUGCCUUAGGUUCCCAGCGUGUCCAUCAGUCGCUGCUUCCCGAAUGGAACUAGCAACAUCUGAGGUGUCUGCACAAAGCACCAGUGUGAAAAAUUCCCCCAAGCAUUUGUCCAUCAUUCUGGAGCAGAUUUGGCUGCAGGCUGCUGAACUUUUUAUUGAACUACAAAGAACCAAAGAAGCCUCAUUUUGCAUCCAAGAGGCAGCCAGCCUUUUUUCCGUAUCACAUGAUGUAAUGUUUAUGCGUGGGAGGUUGGCAGAGGUGAGCGGCAACUUGAAUGCAGCCAAGCACUUUUAUGAUGAAGCUCUUGCCAUGAAUCCAAGAAGUGCAAAGAUCAUGGAACACUUGGGAAGGACCUUCUACAAAAUGGGCCGGAGUAGUUUGGCAGAGAAGGUUCUGAGAGACGCCGUUCAGGCUCUGUCAACAUCCCAUGAGGCCUGGAACAGCUUGGGAGAGGUGCUGCAAGACCAAGGGAAAAAUGAAGAUGCUGCAGAGUAUUUUCUUACUGCCUUGGAGCUAGAAGCCAGCAGUCCUGUCGUGCCAUUUACUGUCAUCCCAAGAGGACUUUGAAAUCAAUUGCAUGGGCCACUUUUCAUAAAUUUUGCACAUUCCGACCCUAAGACUUAAUUUACUGACUUCUGGAGCAGAGUUCAGCUGUAACGUAUCAGGAACGUUUGAGCUGAGCUUCUUUAGCCAUACGUUUCCCAAACUUAAUUGUGCACCAUUCACCACCCAACCACCAAUCCUAUCGGCUCCUCACCCCCAACACACAGCGAGCCAUUCAUAAUAAUCGUUCUGAGACUGUAUUAAGCAAAUCAUGGUACAUUUAUGGAAUCGGCUCCUUGCACUGAACAGUAUCCGGGGUAGGGCAAGCGCACAAUUCUUUCACAGCAGCUGUGGUGGCAUCCUUCCAGAAUUGUUUCACUGUGGUGCAUGAAGCAGUUGAGAUAGAUCUGUGUGACUGGUCUCAUUCAAAUGCUAAUUUCAGCAUUUUUCAGGGUCUGGAAAUCAGAAUUCUCUUCCUUCAUCCCUUCUGUGGUGGUCAGGCAAUUUUGAUAUCAGCGACCUUUGUGUUGUAUGGCACGUUCACAUUUAAUACUCUUUCAAGGUAAACGGCAGGUAGUUAAUUUAGAGAAAGCUCUUUCAAAUUGCUUUAUUCACAAACCUCAGGAAGUUUUCAUAAUUUUAAAAAUUAUUUUCUAGGUAGUUACACACAUUUUCGAAGUAAGGCAUACUUUACUGUAAUCUUUAUAGAUAACCAUUCGAUCUGAUUAUUAUUUAAAUAUAUACACUGUGUUCUGAACUUUAUUUUCACCAAUCAUUUGGCUAUGUCUUGUAUUUAUCUUUAUUUUCAUUAAUCUUUCCCUCAACACAUAAUAGACAGUAUUUCCUUUUUUUUCUCCAUAUCCCUAAUGCAAGCAUGAAUUUCAAUCUGACAUAUUUUCAGUUUUAUGUGGUUUAUUUUACAACAGACCUAGUCAUGGGGAAAGUGCAGUGUUGGUACAACGUUCAGCACAUCAAACUGUCAGGAUGACAAUUUAUUGUUCAUUCAUUGCUUCCUAAAUGUCUGAUCAGUUAGUUAAUCAGACACUACUCAGAUAUUGGUUGCAAUAUUCAUCCAGUGUGCAUUUGGGAACAGUCUUCAUGCAGUGCUUUCAAUGCCAUGAUAGUAUGUAGUUCUUCAGAAAGUUAUUGUAUUGUGAAGUAAAACAAUAUAUGUACUGCUCACUAAUCAAUCUUUUGAGAAUAUUUAAUGUUGACAAUGAGAAAUCUGCUAGAGUACGAUCUUUUUAUGCAGGGUCUCUAGAGUUGCAGGUAUGUUAAAAAGGACAAUCAUUUAGCAAUCUCAUUUGCAAAGAAUCUGGCAAAUAGAAAUGGCAUAUUGAUGCAGUAGGGGUUGUUUCAGUGUUUCACUGCUGAGGAUAAAAGCCGCAUUUACGAUCCCUGUCACAUCUCAGAAUUGGCAUACAACCCAUCAUCUUUUUAUUCCUAUAUGUAGGAGAUGUGUCAAAAUUUAUCAUCAUUGGGACAACAGAGAAUUGUGUUACUUCUGGCCAGAACCACAUUUCGUCUUAUUGAGUAAAGACUUUGGGUCUAAAGGAUGACAAAAUGGGAAGUAAUAUGCACUGGAAACAGGAAAUUAAAACCUUACCUCAUUUACUGAAUGUCAACCAUGUUUUGGCUCAUAAGCAAACUAAGCCCCAACACAGUGUAAGUUUCAUGAGCUAGGAUGGGUUUAACCUUAUUUUCAUCAUAUUGAGCAGUAACUCAUACUCUUGCUGACUGUCAAGGAAUUUCCAGUUGUCAUAGUAAAUAAACAUAAGCAGCUAGUUCCUGAAUUGUUUUUGCUACUCCCCAGUGGAGAGCUUUUUCUGCACCUAGUUUCCCACUUAUCCCCCUUCCCACCAUUCUCCACUCUGAUUAUAAAUUUUGAAUAAAAAUGAUCUGUGUUUAUAAUUGCUUCCCUCCAAAUAGUGCCCCAUAUUUAGCAGUUUGAAAACAUAGGUUUGAAUUUGAGGCCAAUGUAUGGAUAUGAUUUGAACUGUGGCUUGUGCAUUAUUGAACAUUUCAGUUACAACUGCCACCACAAGAAACACAUCGUUAACGUAGUUGGUGCAGGUGCUGCAGCACAGACUAAGUACAGACGAGAGCAUCCCAAGUAGACCAACUAUAACCCCCAUUAAAGAUUCUUCUGCUAUUGCACACUUCAUUGUUGUGAUCACUGCUUUGUGUGUCCUGUGUAUCUGUGCCUUCACGUUACAGUGCAGAAUCUGAGCGCUGGCUCCAGCACUAGAAGCAGGGUGCACAUUCAGGUGUUCUAAAGGUUUUAUUUACACCUUAACACUUUUGGCUGUGGAAUCUUCCAUCAUGUGAAGGAAGGUACAAAUUACCUACCAGUGUGAAUGGAACACAUUUAUGGCUCAGGUGGUCUGAGAACAAAAACUAGUUUUUUGGCAGUCAGUCAGAAUUAAUUCAACUAAUUUAACAUGGAGUCAUACAGCACGGAAACAGACCCAACUGCUCCAUGCCGACUAAGGUUCCCAUGUAAGCUAGUCCCAUUUGCCUGCAUUAUCCCUCUAAACCUUUCUUAUCCAUGUACCUGUCCAAGCACCUUUUAAAUGUUGUUAAUGUACCUCUGUCCUGCAACCAGUUGCUUGAGAUCCAUUGUCAGGUAAUCUGGUGCAAAAGAGGGAGGGGGAGCAGGGUGCCAGCAAGGUUUAAAAUCCCAUUUGACAUAACUCCAUCACUGAAUAUGUUCAGCACACUGGAGCCAUUUCUUUCCUAUUCCAUUCACCUGCUGUAUCUUCAUGUCAACUUAAUUGCAGCUAAUUGACUUUGACUUGAGGAUUAUAAAAGUAGCAAGAGUAGAAUCAGUCAUUAAUAAGUCAAUUUGGAAUGCAGUCACAUGAUAGAUGCUAGGAGGCAGGAGACUGCUACUGAGCCUCUCCUGUAGUGCAGCAGUAUUGCUUCCAACACUGCACUCCAUCCCAUUCUUCCCUCUCCUCGCCCUCCUUUCCGCUCCCUCCUACCCCCAUGCUGUGUUUAUCUUUAUUUGGGGCUCAAUUUAUGUUAAGUGUAAAAUGUGACAGCGACUGAGGUAAUUUUGGGACUAUGGAGUCAUUAAGCUUGAUUAAGGAAAGUUUCUCGAGAAGGUAGCAAGGGAUGAAGAAAUGGGUCUUUUAUCAUUUUUGUGCAGAAUUUAGAUAUUCCUCACGCACUGUCAACUUAGGAACGGUUAAACCUGGAAUCCUGAAAGAUUCUAAUUUGAUCGGACUGAAUCUGAGAAAAAUUUAUGGAAUGAAUGUCAGUCUGUUUCUGUUUUCAUAUGUUUACCAUAAUCCACAUCUCUAGAUUAGCCAUAGAGUUAUACAGCACGGAAAAAGGCCCUUUGGUUCAAUUUAUCCAUGGUGACCGAAUUACCUGCCUGAGCUAGUCCCAUUUGCCUGCAUUUAUCCCAUAUUCCUCUAAAAUGUUCUUAUCCACGUACCUGUCUGAAUGUCUUUUAAGCAUCAUUAACCAUCAAGAUGCCAGCAGUCUGAUUUAAAUCUCCAGAUGGAAUACACAAAGCUCCUUCAGUAAUGUAGGCUGUAUUUCCUCAGGCAUUCAGCACAUUGCCCUUUGCUUUAGUGGCUAGGACACUGAAUACUCUGUAAAAACUGCAUGUUUCCUUAAUGAGGAUGUUUUUGCCCCUCGGGUUAACAGUGAUAUUAAUUAGGGUAUAAAACAUAGAACAGUCCAGCACUGGACAGGCCAUUUGGCCCACGAUAUUGUGCCGAUCUUGAUGCCAGUUUAUUCUAAAUGUCCUCCUCCUGUGUAUCGUCCAACGUCCCUCCAUUCCCUUCACAUUCAUGUGUCUAUCUAAAAGCCUCUUGAACCCCACCAAACUGCCUGCUUCCACCACUACCCCUGGUGACCCAUUCCAGGCACCCACUGCUCUCUGUGUUAAAAAAAACUUGCCCCUCAUGUCGCCUUUAAACCCCACCUCUAACCUUUGGUUUCUGAUGUACUGUUUGAGAUUAGAUCUUAAUGUAGACUUUGUGGGAGUUUUAGAAGCAGAGAGGCAGUGAAAAGGUUUAAAUUUCUGUGAUCAUGUUGAUUAGCUAAUUUGAGCAUUUUUAAAAUUGCGCAUCUGUUUUUGCUGCUUGAUUGGAAAAAAACUUAAGGAAAUGCCAUUGAUUGUUUAAAAUUGAUUAUUUUACUGCAUUUGAGCUUGCACAAUCAUUUGCUGUCACUAACUAUGCAAGUUACUCUUCCAUUCACUGUAAGACAUUCCUCUACCAGCUAAUGAGCAUCUAAAGUUUGUCAGAAUUAAAGAGGGCAAUUUAUUUUUUGUAAUUCUAACUUUUUAUUGGGAGGUGGUGUCAAUUUAGAGAUCAAUUGAUACUAUGAAAUAGAAUCCUUGCUGAGGCCCCUGCAGUCUUUUGAAUAGUGACACAAUAUUUACUUGGGUUUCAGCUUCACAUUUCCUGCACUGGGUGUAAGUUGUCUAGAGUCUACAACAGGAACUUGGAAGGCACCAUUAUUAAUUCACAUUGUGGACCACUCUAGAAGGUACUACUGGUUUGUUAUGUUAUAAAAGUGUAUAAUGCCAAGGGAAAUAUACUUCUGACCACUUGAGGCACUUUGUCCUACAGAUCAUUAAUGCCUGUCACACAAAAAUCAUAUACUGUUAAUAUUUCCAGGACUUCAGAAAUUGUACAAGGAAGUGUGAAGUAAUUUUUUUGGUAGAGGUGUUAUUCAGGGAAUGAAGACUGGUUUUUAACAUAAUUUUCACAACAAAGGAACUGAUACUAAAUAAUUAAAUGGAACCUGUCACAAGGUACAUGUUUGAACAAUACAAAGAUGAGUAUUUAUUUUGCUGUAUAUAAGUGCACUCUGGCCAGCUAUAGCUGGGAAACAACUGUAUCAGAUGUGGCUUGAGUAUUUCAACUGUUGAUUUUGCAAUCUCCUAAGUGCACUGAGUUACAGUAAAUAAAUAUGACUCCUGUAUCUAAAAUCACCCAAAAUAUAUUUAAUGCUGUGUUGAAAUCACAAUCUGUUAUGUUGCGUAACUAUUAUGCCUUAUAAUAGUGAAUUUUAUUGGUAGGCAAGACCUAUUUGAGUUACCCAAUGUUUUCAGGACAUUGCUUCUCAGGUACUUCAGUGAGGGAGUUAAUUGGCUUGUGAUUCAUAUCUUUAGUAAUUAAUCAUUUUAAUGACUAUUUAGAUAUUAUAUAGCACAAUGUAUUUAAUAUUUCAGGGAAAGAAAUGGUGGUUGAACUUUACAGUCAGAAUUUUGCUUCUGGUUCUUGUAGAGUAGGAUUGCACGGACUUUUAGUUAAUUGUGCCUUCAUGAUGGGACCCAGUGACAUGGACCAUCAGUACCUCAGCACCUUAUAUGCAACAGUUUGAUGUGAUCUAAAGCUGCAUUUCCUCACAUUGCAAGUGUAUGAACUUGACUCUGGGAUGGUUGCCUAUAUAGAGGAAUAAGAACCAUACAGAAUGAUUGUUAGAUCCAAAUGGCAUUUCCAGAGGUAAGGAGCAGCUUUCCCAUCUGUUUGUCUUAGGGAAAGGAGCAAGAUGUAGGAAAGCUAAAAUGUGAAUAGGGGGUAUAAGAACAGAAUGAAAAGGUACAUAUCAUGUUGACUGACCCAUUGUUAGAGUGAGGUCACAUCAAUACAAAGACAUGGAUAAUGUUUUACAACACAAUCCAAAUUCCAAGACUUCAAGCAGUUGGAUGCCUCUUACAGAUUGUUGGACUUGAAUUCUGGGAUGUUUGAUUAUGUGGAAUUAACAUGGCUCAAUGAGAAUGAUGGUUGUCAUUGUAGUGGCUGACUUAUGAUCUGGAUUUGUACACAGUGUUAACGUAAGGUACAGUCAUUAUGUAGUGAUUAAAU